GUUAAUUCACUUGCAUUGCAGCUUUUUUAUUCGCCACCCAUUAAUUUCCGACUAUAUCUAUACCUAGUUUUGGGGUAGCUUCUGUCUAGGAAUAUGGAAAUUAGAAAAGAGGAUGAAAUUGAGGACAUGUCAGUUUCCCUCCCAACAAUGGGGUCUAUGCAAAUUGCUGGGAGCAAUGGGUUUGGUCACAACAUAGAGUUUAUGUCUCAAGCCUACCUUAGGAACAGGUUCUCAGAAAUUGACAUAGAGGAUGAUAGCUUGACUACGAAUAAAGAUCGCCCUCUUCCCAUAUUUCUCAAGUUUGAAGAUGUGGUAUAUAGAGUGAGGAAUAGCCCAGCUUCCUCAGCCAAUCCUGUGAAGGCAGUAGUGUCAAAGGUAGCCUCACAGCUGAACUUGGAACAUGAUAAUUACAAGAAAAUCUUGAAGGGUAUAACAGGAAGCAUUGGCCCUGGUGAAAUCCUUGCUCUAAUGGGUCCUUCUGGUAGUGGUAAAACAACCUUGCUAAAGAUAAUAGGAGGAAGACUGACAGAUAAUGUUAAAGGAAGUAUCACUUACAAUGAUAUUCCAUAUAAUGCAGCCCUUAAGAGAAGGAUUGGAUUUGUUACACAGGAUGAUGUGCUAUUCCCACAACUUACAGUGGAAGAGACUCUAGUCUUUGCUGCAUUUUUAAGGCUUCCUGGAAACAUGAGUCGACAACAGAAAUAUGCCAGAGUAGAGAUCAUUGUAAAGGAGCUAGGCCUUGAAAGAUGUCGCCACACAAGAAUUGGAGGAGGAUUCAUUAAGGGAAUAUCAGGAGGAGAAAGAAAAAGGACCAGCAUUGGCCAUGAAAUUCUAGUUGAUCCUUCAUUGUUGUUGCUUGAUGAACCAACCUCAGGCCUUGAUUCCACCUCAGCAAAUAGACUCCUUCUGGUCCUUCAAGGACUAGCUAAGGCAGGAAGGACAAUAAUCACGACGAUCCAUCAGCCUUCGAGCAGAAUGUUCCACAUGUUUGACAAGCUUCUGCUGAUAUCAGAAGGCUACCCUGUGUACCAUGGGAAGGCUAGAGAUUCUAUGGAAUACUUUUCUUCUUUGAGAUUCAUUCCAGAUAUUGCCAUGAAUCCUGCAGAGUUCUUGCUUGAUUUAGCAACCGGACAGGUGAAUGACAUAAGUGUGCCCCAAGAUCUAUCAGCACUUCCCGAGGCUCCUGAUUCUGAUAGGGCAGUAAUCAAAUACCUUCAACUCAAAUACAAAACUCAGCUUGAGCCAAAAGAAAAGGAAGAGAAUCACCAGCGUGCAAAGGCACCUGAGCAACUCCAAAUGGCAAUUCAAGUCAAGAAAGAUUGGACUUUGAGCUGGGGAGAACAAUUUGAGAUAUUGUUGAAGAGAACAUUCAGAGAAAGGUGUAGAGAUUAUUUUGAUAAGUUAAGACUACUUCAAGCUCUUGGUGUUGCAGUCUUAUUGGGCCUUCUUUGGUGGAAAUCCAAAACUGGAACUGAGACACAACUCAGAGACCAGGUUGGUCUAAUGUUCUACAUCUGCAUUUUCUGGACAUCCUCAUCGAUUUUUGGAGCAGUAUACGUGUUUCCAUUCGAGAAGAUCUAUUUGGUGAAAGAAAGGAAAGCAGACAUGUACAGACUAAGUGUGUACUAUGUGUGCAGCACUUUGUGUGACAUGAUGGCUCAUGUGUUCUAUCCGACCUUUUUCAUGGUCAUAGUGUACUUCAUGGCAGGGUUUAAGAGGACAGUCCCUUGCUUCUUCUUAACAUUGUUUACCAUACUAUUGAUAGCAAUCACAAGCCAAGGGGCAGGAGAGCUAUUUGGAGCUGCUAGUUUGAGCAUCAAAAGGGCUGGGAUGUUUGCUUCUUUGAUUUUAAUGCUAUUUCUUCUCACUGGAGGUUACUAUGUCCAGCACAUACCAAAAUUUAUGCAGUGGUUGAAGUACUUAUCUUUCAUGUACUACGGGUUCAGGCUUCUGUUGAAAGUGCAAUAUGAUGGAGAUCAGUUAUAUGAAUGUGGAAGCAAAGGAGGGUGCCGGCCUCUGCAGAGCUCACCGUCAUUCGACACAGUGAACUUGAAAGGUGGCUUGCAAGAAGUCUGGGUGCUACUAGCCAUGGCUCUAGGAUUCCGGAUAAUUGCCUACUUUUGCCUUCGCAGGAGGAUUAAUGUUUGCCAUCUUUGAGCAAAGGAUAUAUAUAUAUACGCAGGCGCACGCACCUUUUGCAAUAAACGUGAGAUACACAAAAAUAGAGAAGUCAUUCUCAGGAUCCCAAAUCCAUUAAUAAAAGAAUGAGAGACAGCAAAACAAUGAUCAUAAAUUUAGCAAAUUAUAUUAGCAAUUAGCUUUACUUCCCUGGUAUUAGAAUUGUUAGCAAAUUAUGUUAUUCUUAUUUUCUUAUAGAAGAGUGAUGAGGAGUGCGGAUUCAAAUC